CCCCGGUUUAAAAGAAAAUACGGACAAGUUAGAAAUAAAAAGAGAAAAAAAAAAAACAAAAAAACAAAACCGAAAUCUCAACGUCUUUCCAACGAGAUCAACGGCUACGACCAUUACCAAGUCAUCCUCAGAUUUUAUCCCUUUCUGAAGAAACAAAAAUUUAACCUAGAAAGAAUUCAUAGAUCUAUUAAAUUUUACUGUUAUACAUCUUGAAUUUGAUUUUGAUUAAACCCUCACCAGUCACCAUAUGAGGGUACAAAGCGAAGUUCUUGAUCUUCGUUAUUUUUGAAAUUGGGGCUUUCCGAGUUUGAUUUCGUUCUCCCUUGUCGGAACCCUAACUUUCAUUUUUUCAAAUUCGUUCCUUUCCAAAUUUGGGGAUUUUUCCCCCAUAUUUUCAAAUUCCCUGUUUGUGUUUCUUAAAUGUACGGGGAGCUUUGAGAAAAUGAUUGCCAAGACUUACGGCCGUCGGGGCGGAGGCAUGAGGAAAUUCGGCGAAUCUUUUUCGCAAGAGAGUUCUCAAGACGUCUACGAUUUCACGCUUUCUUCUCAAGGCUCCACUCGUUGGUCUUCGGACCCGUACAGCUUUGAUGAUGACUCGGCUGACCCCUACGGGUUGAAUAAUUUGUCUUCGCAGGAGACUGAUGAAUUGGCGAUUCUGCCUUCUAGAGUUGGUAGGGGAGCUGAGGAUUUUGGGCGGGUUGGUGGGUCUUUGUGGAAGUCGUCCAAGAAGCUAAAGAUUGGGGAUUCGGAGCCGUGUUCUUUGAUUUCCUCGCAGGAUGACGAUGAAGUGCAAAUUUUGUACUCCAAGAAGGGCGGCGAGAAUGGAGAUUCGGGUUAUGCUGAUGGGGUUUUCGAAGCAGUGAUGGAUUUGGAACCCUUACGUUUGAAUUCAAGUCAAGAAUCGGAUGAAUUGGCGAUUUUGCCGGUGAAGAAGAACAAAAAUGCCGGAAAGGUUGAUGGAAGUCUUCGGAAAUCCAAGAAAGUAAAGGAAAAUGGUGUUUUGCCGAAGAAGAACAAGAAGAAGGUGAAAAGUAGGGAGGAUGCUUCUAAUUCUGUUUCAAUCGUUCCCACGUCUACUUUAAUGGAGACUCAGGAGUUUGGAGAGAUGAUGGAGCACGUGGAUGAAGUCGAUUUUGCACUGGAUGGGUUGAGAAAGGGGCAGCCUGUUAGGAUUCGGAGGGGAAGUCUGCUCUCCUUGCUGUCCAUAAGUGGAACUGCUGCACAGCGUCGAAUGUUAAGGGCUCAUGGGAUGGCAAAAACAAUCAUUGAUGCUGUAAUGGGCCUCAGCUUAGAUGAUUCACCCAGCAACCUUGCAGCAGCAGCUCUAUUUUAUGUUUUAACCCAUGACGGUUAUGACGAUUCUAGUCUAGAUCUAGCUAGUUGCAUUCGUUUUUUGAUGAAAUUGUUACGACCAUUCGCAUCUGAGGCUUCAAAGAGGAAAGAACCUACCCUUGGAAGCAAGCUUCUAGCAAUCCGUAUGGAUCCUGAUAAUUCGCAAACUUCAGUCAGAGGUUCUGAAACUCCGCCUGCAAUGAUUAUGAAGGUUCAUGAAGUUCUUGUCAGUUGCAAGGAUUUGAAACCGAGAGAUGAGAAUGACUGCUGCACAGAGGUACCAGAGUUGAAUCCUAAGUGGAUAAGUUUGCUUACAAUGGAAAAGGCGUGCUUCUCAACAAUUUCUAUUGAAGAAACCUCGGGCAGGGUUCGAAGAACUGGGCAAAAGUUUAAGGAAAAAUUACGAGAGGUUGGAGGACUUGAUGCAGUUUUCGAGGUCGCAAGGAGUUGCCAUUCAGUUAUUGAGGGAUGGAUGGAGAAGAAUCCGUCUCCAGAGUUGGAUUAUAAAGAUAAGGAAGGCCUAGAAAGUCUGGUGGUUCUUUUGAAAUGUUUGAAAAUCAUGGAAAAUGCCACUUUUCUUAGUGGUAGUAAUCAGAGCCAUUUGCUUGGAAUGAAAGGGAACUUUGAUGGUCAGAAAGCUCCUCGGUCUUUCAUAAAGCUCAUCUUAAGUGUCAUCAAAAUACUCUCAGGUAUAUUUUUGCGUCGAAGUUCUCUGGUCAUCUCUGUGGACGGGAGCACUUGUACCAACUCUAGUGAAUCUGGUCAUCUUUUUGAUCAUAAAGUGAAUGAUGAUGAGAAUCCGUGCACCACAUCAUCCACAAGUUGCUGUGCACUGGAAGGCAACUCAUCUGUCGAAAGCCUCAGUAGAUCUCUGGGCAGUCAAGGAUUGAUUUCUGGUCAUGCUGCAUCAUCUAAAUCAAGUUCACCAUUACCAAACACGUCCCGGGUUGAGUCUUGGUUGAAAAUGAGGAUCAAUUCUUCUUCGUCUGGAUCAAGGAGUGGAAAAUCUGGAGAUUGUAGUGAUGGAACAGAUAUACCUAAAGGUUUUAAUGUGAAUUUUGGCAGAGGCAGUAGUCUAAAGGUUUUGGAUGGUGGAAAUUCUGAACCUAUGGAUGACAGUCAGGAUCCUUUCGCCUUUGAUGAGGAUGACUUUGAACCAUCUAAAUGGGACAUGUUAGCUGGGAGUAAACGGUCAUCACAAACUAACAAUACUGCUGCUAAAGUUGGUGAUGCUGAAAUUGGUAGAGAACGCCUUCUUUUGUUGGAUCAAGAAGAGUCGCGUAAGGAGGAUCCUCAUUCCUCUGAGGCGUCUUGUUCAUCUACCAUUGAUAAUGAACUGACCAACCUUUUGUCAGAUUGCCUUCUCUCAGCUGUAAAGGUCUUAAUGAAUUUAACCAAUGACAAUCCUAUGGGUUGUCAACAAAUUGCUGUCUGUGGAGGACUAGAAGUUUUGUCUUCAUUGAUUGCCAGUCACUAUCCUAAUUUCAGUUCCUGUCUGCCUGCAUCUGGGAGUCCUAAAAACAGCGAUCUUACAUCAACAUCCAGUGCUGAAGUUGAGCCAGAAAAAAACAAACAUUUAUCUGACCAAGAACUAGAUUUGCUUGUGGCUAUUUUGGGGUUACUUGUGAAUUUAGUGGAGAAAGAUAGUGUUAACAGAACAAAGCUUGUUGCAGUUAGAGUUCCAUUGCGGAACUUAAAGGGUUUAGUGGAGGAGAGUACGGAUCUAAUUCCUCUACUGUGCUCAAUCUUUUUGGCUAAUCAUGGUAUUGGUGAGGCUGCUGAUGGGAAGUGUCUGUCUUGGGAUGACGAGGAUGCUGUGUUACAGGGAGAGAAAGAAGCUGAGAAAAUGAUUUUAGAAGCCUACGCAGCUCUUCUUCUUGCAUUUCUUUCAACAGAGAGGUUGGUAUUCUCACCAUGGUUUUUACACAAGUGGCAUCUUGAUCAUGCUUUUUUCACAUGGCAUUUCUUUUGACUUACCAGUAGGAGGGCACGCAAAGCUAUUGCCGAAUGUCUUCCUAAGCAGAAUAUUGCAAUACUUGUUCCAGUAUUGGAGAGAUUUGUGGUAUGUAUAUUUUGGUUGUAAAUUCCAGUGUUUUUGGAGCUUGUGUCUCCCAUUUUCAUAUUGGAAUGGUAUCUAAGUACAUCCAUAUAAUCCAUUUGUUCCUCAGGAAUUUCAUUUCUCACUAGACAUGAUCACACCAGAAACUCAUUCGGCCGUGUUGGAAGUUAUCGAAUCUUGUAGGAUUCCAUGAGAGUUUGGAAACCUCCAAGAUACUGUACAGCUUGAAUCCUCUUCAUACCCCUCCAGCAUUCAUCGGUGGUUAACAUGUUACUGGCGAUCGAAAGUGAUGAUUGAGUUAGAUUUUGAUUACUGAUCAUAGGAUCUUAGGUAGAUAUUCUCCAGCUUGUAUGAUUUUUUCAUUCUAUAGCUUUUAAGUUUUGUUCUGUUUUUCUGUUAUGUCUUUAGAGAGGUAUAGAAAAGGAAUAGGGGGGUACCACACACGAAGCUUUGUACCGUCAUCACCUAUGUAUAAUCUAGUUUUUCAUAGAUGCCAUAGUGUAUUAUUUCGUGCUCCUCAAAUGAAAGUGUCUCAUUGUUUCUUCUUCCUCAUUUCCCCCUUGUUUGUGAUUUAAAAAUUUAUAUAUAUUUAAUUUGUGACUUGAGGAGUAAGUAAUUAUAAAGAUGAUCAUUAAUUGUGUCAAGUAUAAAUGUUACUCCUAAAAUGUGUAGAACUAUAAAUAAAUAAAUAAACUUGUUCUCCG